GGGCAGGCGGGGCGGGUCCGGGGCCGCCGCGGGAGCCGAGCCGAGCGGGGCCGGACGGACCAUGAUGGGACCGGGACACGGGGGGGCCCCGGGGGCAGGGAUCCCAGGGGGAAAUCCAGCGGAUGUCGCGACAGAGGCCACGACGGGCGAGGGGCGUGUGCGGGCGCUGCAGCGGGAGGUGCAGGGGGUCACCAGCAUCAUGACCCAGAAUGUGGAGCGGAUCCUGGCGCGGGGCGAGAACCUGGAGCAGCUGCACAGCAAGAGCCAGGACCUGGAGGCCACGUCAGAGCACUUCCGCACCACGUCCCAGAAGAUGGCCCGGCGCUACUGGUGGAAGAAUGUGAAGCUGCUCAUCAUCCUCGGCCUCGUGGGUGUCAUUGUCCUUGUCCUCAUCAUCCUCCUGGCCACUGGCACCAUCCCCACCUAGAGCCACUGUCCUCCCGGAAAUACAGCCACCCCCAGGCCCAAAUACAGAUUGGGGGAAGAACCAGCA